CUUUGUUUCUUCCAUCGAAAUCGAAAAAAGCAAAGAUCUUGCGUUUGAAACUAUGGCGGAAGAACAUAAGCAUGAAGAAUCUGUGAUCGCUCCUGAGCCAGCUGUUGAGGUUGUGGAGAGGGAAUCGUUGAUGGACAAGAUAUCGGAGAAGAUCCAUCACGGUGGUGAUUCUUCUUCGUCAUCUUCAUCUUCUGAUGAUGAAGAUGAGAAGAAGAAGACGAAGAAGCCCUCUUCUCCUUCGUCUAUGAAAUCGAAAGUUUACCGCUUGUUCGGACGAGAGCAGCCUGUUCAUAAGGUUCUUGGCGGUGGAAAGCCGGCUGAUAUAUUCAUGUGGAAGAAUAAGAAGAUGUCUGGUGGUGUUCUUGGUGGUGCUACAGCUGCUUGGGUUGUGUUUGAAUUGAUGGAGUACCAUCUUCUCACUCUGCUUUGCCACGUGAUGAUUGUUGUUCUCGCUGUGCUGUUUUUGUGGUCUAAUGCCACCAUGUUCAUUAACAAGUCCCCACCAAAGAUUCCUGAAGUUCAUAUCCCUGAAGAGCCUAUUCUUCAUCUUGCGUCUGGGCUCAGAAUCGAGAUCAACCGUGGAUUCUCUUCUCUUCGUGAAAUUGCAUCUGGAAGGGAUCUCAAGAAAUUCCUCAUUGCUAUUGCCGGUUUGUGGAUUCUAUCAAUCUUGGGUGGUUGCUUUAACUUCUUGACAUUGGCAUACAUAGCUCUUGUGUUGCUCUUCACGGUUCCUCUUGCCUACGACAAGUAUGAAGACAAAGUCGAUCCUUUAGGUGAGAAAGCAGUGAUCGAGCUCAAGAAGCAGUAUGCAGUGUUGGAUGAGAAGGUUUUGAGCAAGAUCCCACUGGGCCCAUUGAAGAACAAGAAGAAAGAUUAGGUUUACACUGCUGUUGUCGGUGGCUAGCAAGAAGGGUGUUGUGAAAUGGUAUCGAAGUUAUGUGUUUUGGGCGGUUUUUUUAGGUGGCUCUUUCGGUUACGUGAAUGAACGUGGAAUUUCCCUGACUGGUUUGUUUUGUUGUUUAUGUCAUUGUUGAUCAGUGUCGAGGGAUAAAAGUAGUGAUAUUUC